CGUGUUGUACUGACACGCGGUGCCUUCUUUAUUUUUUUCUUUCUCUCUCUCUUUCUUCCCUUCUCUCUGUUCGGUCCUACGGCGCUCGUGGUGAAAGAUUCGCCCUUUGCAAAAUGGCGGCGGAGGCUACCACCAGGAGAAGGCUGAAUGAAUACGAGGGGAAAAUGAGCAGCAAAAACGGCUUAACCUUUCACGAAGACAUCGUAGCCAACGGUCAUGCCGGUUUACAGAGCAACGGACGUUUACAGUUUUCAGAGAAAGAAACGAAGGCGGAGCCGGUGAAUUUAAGGUCGAAGGAGUCAUUCGAGAGGGUACCGUUUAUCACAGCAGCGUUGACCCAUCUUGGAUUUUACAUCCUUAUGUUCCUGGGUUUUAUAAAUCAAUUGCUUUUCACACCGAAAGUCGCACAAGAGUACAAUAGGGAGGGUUACGGGCCACUUUAUGACAGUUUCGAAGGGUUUUACCUUCGAUACGUGUACAGGAGAGUGAGGGAUUGCUGGAACAGGCCGAUAUGUUCUGUUCCGGGUGCCACAGUUACACUUAAGAAUAGAAUAACAAAAGAUUACGGAUGGACGUUCCAGUUCACAGGAACGACCACGAAAUGUAUAAAUUUAGGAUCAUACAAUUACCUGGGCUUCGCGGAGUCGGACGGCACGUGUGCCGAUCAAAGUAUCGAGACCCUGAAGAAAUUCGGUUGUGCUAGUUGUAGCACUCGUCUCGAGCUCGGAAACAUGCCUAUUCAUGAAGAAUUAGAGAAAUUGACGGCCAGGUUUCUAGGCGUGGAGGACGCAAUCGUUUUUGGAAUGGGUUUUGCAACGAACGCUCUUAAUUUGCCUUCCUUGCUGAGCAAAGGUUGUUUGGUACUGAGCGAUGAAAAGAAUCAUGCUUCGUUGAUUCUCGGAUUAAGGCUGUCCGGUGCUACUGUUAGGGUCUUUAAGCACAAUAGUGUGAAGCAUUUAGAGAAUUCUUUGAAAACUGCGAUAGUUUUCGGCCAACCGGGAACUGGGGAACCAUGGAAGAAGAUAAUGAUCGUAGUAGAAGGUGUUUAUUCUAUGGAAGGUUCUAUUGUACAUUUACCUGAGAUUUUGGCGCUCAAGAAGAAGUACAAAGCAUAUGUUUAUUUGGAUGAGGCUCAUAGCACUGGUGCAAUAGGAAAACAUGGAAGGGGUGUUUGCGAUUAUUAUGGAAUUGAUCCACGAGAUAUAGACAUACUUAUGGGAACUUUUACGAAAAGUUUCGGAUCUGCAGGUGGUUACAUUGCUGGGACAAAGACAUUAAUAAAUCAUUUAAGGAUAAACAGUCACGCGCACGCCUACGCUGCAGCAAUGUCUCCACCCAUAGCGCAACAAAUCAUCACUUCGAUGAAGAUAAUUGCCGGUGAAGAUGGCACAGACGAAGGAAAGAAAAGAACGAAACAGUUGGCGAGGAACACCAGAUACUUCAGGCGUAAACUCAAUCAGAUUGGCGUCAUUAUUUAUGGAAAUGAAGAUUCGCCUGUUGUACCUAUGCUAGUUUACUUGUUUUCUAAAAUAGGUGCAGUUGUGCGAACCUUGACGACACAUAAUAUAGCAGCAGUUGGUGUUGGUUUUCCAGCAACUCCAUUGAUGGAAGGCAGAAUACGAUUUUGUCUUUCUGCUGCGCACACUAAACAACAAUUAGAUUACGUAUUAUCACACAUUGAAAAACUCGCAGAUUCUCUGGGUCUAAGAUAUUCUCGUAAAGUUCGUAAUCCAGCACCCGUAGAGUACUAUUCUGAUGAAGAGACCGAAUGACCUGUUGCUACCUAGAAAAUAUACUCUCUAGGACAUCUACUUCGCUCCGAAGAAGCGCCUCAUACUUCAAUGGAGAAAUAUUGCCUUGGAAGAACUCUACACGCAUUCUUUUAUAUGCUUUUCCAUUGACGCACACACUAUACCUCUUAAGGAACAAGGUUACGAAUCCCGAAUUACAAGAGAAGAUAUAUCAAUGUUAUUUAAUAGUCGUGGCCAAGUACCUAUUCAUCUCUAUUUAACACAAUAUCAAGAAUUAAUGAUCUUUUAUUUUAUAGAAGAUACUGCUUACUUCUACUACGAUAUAAUAUCUAUAACGCCAGUAGAAGUAUAUCACACGAGUGAGAAAGAAUUUUUUAAAUUUCUCGAUACGGUCUACAACGAAUUAUGGGAUAUUAAUGGAGAAGUCAAGAGUGCGUCAGAGUUCAG